AUGGCUCAAAGGAUUUCGCAAAAAUCCAGGAAUACGUCGGAGGUCCUGAACACCUUACCCAGGAGGGUCUCUGAGAUAAUAAACGAGGUCCAACUCUCCUCAUCUAACCACCAUAAAAAUAAAGUUGCCCUUCAUAGGGUCUAUGUCGAUGCGAUUUCAAUACGUGAGGUAGUCAAAGAUGGAUGCGUCUUAACCGGCAUGCAUAAAUUCAAACAUGCCAUCUAUCUCAUGGUCAUCCGACUACUUGACGCAGAAAAGGGUGCCUCCGGAGAUCGUGUGGCCAAAUUCCUUGUUGAGUUCAUUAAGUAUCUCCUUGAAGAAGAAGAUUUUCAUGAAUAUGAACAAGACUCGAAUAAAAUUCAAGGAUCCAUCGCUCAAACGUUCACGAAUCAAUUUGUUCAGCAACUGCUUAAAAAAGGCUGUGCCGCGAAAGAGAAGAAUAUUCGAUACAGAAGUGUAGCUUUAUGUGCCAACAUUGCCCUUGGCUUGGUCCAGAUCCAUGAAUCACUCUAUUAUUCUUUACGCGAAAUACUCUUUGAUCGAAUCAACGACGAAGAUUGGACCAUUCGGGAACAUGCAGCAAUUGCGCUAUGUACUUUUCAUAGGGUGGAUGAUCCUGAGGAGCUUGAGGCCAAAGGUUUAACCUCAUCGUCCGACGUUUUACUUGACUCUUUGUCCAAUGACACCAAGCAAAACGUCCGCCUUUCUAUAUUGAAGAAUCUAGACAUCAGGGAAGAUACAAUUGAUUACAUUCUUGACCGCACUCGGGACACGGUUGUCGAAGUUAGGAAAGAAGUCUACUCCUUACUGGAAAAGAAUGUACUCAUCGGUGACGAGGAUGACAAAGACGACUUGGAAAUGGGUAGGAUGCACCCAAAAAUAUUAUCAAAUGCGCAUCGCGAUCUUAUCAUCAAAAAUGGGCUGGGCGAUCGGGACCCUAGUGUUCGAGACUCUGCUGUCAAACUUUUGACUAAGUGGGUAGAUAGCAUCACCAUAGGGGACGUGUGGCAAGAUAGACCUCAAGGGAGCAUGCAGGAAACAAAUCUUUUCAAAUUAUUGACGUUGUUCAACCUACGUGCCAAUGACACACUUUCUGAAGCCAUCAUCAAGGUGUUUGAGACAAAUCCGAGAAUUUGCAACGAUGUUCUUUUUUGCAACACCGACUGGUUAUCAUUGACUCCGGAGACAGCCUUUCUUGAACGAGUUUACUUCCAAUAUUGUGUCAAAAACAAAUGUAUCACGCAGCUCGCCGAGGUGCAUCCGGUCGUCAUGGAUUUUGCAUUUUACAUGCAAGAGUACUUCAAUGGUAUGGUCGAUGUCAUUCAAAGGUACCAGGAAGAGGCAUCCAAUACCAAUCUCGAUGAUGUGGCCCGUGCAAUCCUUCAAGCUCAAGUGGAUGAUCAAGAAUUGAUCACCUCCGAAGUGCUCAAAAUCGCAAUCCACCUUGAUUAUGGAGAUGAAAUUGGACGGAGAAAAAUGGAACAGCUUGUUCGGGACUUCCUGAUCCACGAAGAUCUUCCGGUAGGGCUUAUAGGACCAUGUGUAGAAUUACUGAGAGAGAUAACAGUUAAUGAGCACGAAUUGAUCCACAUUGUCAAUCACAUUAUCAUACCAACUGUCCUUCGCAACAGCGAGGUUGAUGUUGACCAAGUUUGUGCAAACUUUGAUGCUCUCGAUGUAACUUCAUUCCCGUCUCAACGACAACAGGCCCGCGAAUAUUCAGCUGGUAGUCAAGGGCAGAAGGGGAAGGUAACUGCUCGUUGUUUGUGUAUUUGCGAGUCCAUGCUCGUGCUUGUCAAUGUGAUAAUCAAAGAACAUUCUCCAAUUCGCAACAUUGCUGACCUCGUGUAUUCUGCGGUCGAGAGAGAAACAGACGAUGAAAUUAAGGAAAUGGCAUUUCGAUGUUUUGCCCUCAUUGGUCUUAUCUAUCCGAGUGUCGCCGCGAAGGCAUUGAAAUUCUUUCUGGGACAUAUGGCAAACCACGAUAUGCCAGACGAAUUAAGGUUACUUGCUACCCAAGUUAGUUUUGACCUACUACUGUGGUAUGGUGAAGAGAAUAUGCACAAAUGGUGCAACGUUGAUCAUUUGGUCAUUCAUUUUGUCGAGGCACUGGACGAAGAGGAACCUACAGAUGACAUGCGGGUUCUCCUUUGUGAAGGACUAGUGAAAUUGAUGAAUGCAGGGGUACUUGUAGAUGAACAGAUCACCAAUCUCCUCAUUGAGAACUACUUCUCUCCUGAAUAUACCAAAAAUCAAAGUCUCAAACAGUGUUUGUCAUUUUUUGUUCACAAGUACUGUGCACUCCUACCGGAUAACCAAGAAAGGAUUUCUAAAACAUUUGUACAUGCCUUUCUGAAAUUGUGUGAUAAAUUGGACACAGAUGGGCUUCCUCUCAUAGCCCAAUUUGUUGACAUGUUCUUGACAUGGACUCAUCCCAAGUAUAUUCAGGAACAAGACAAACUGAGGAAGUGUGGUGUCAACCUGGAUACAUGCAUACAUUUAAAUCUGGCUUUCCGAAUCAUUAGAGAACUUCUGCAAGAGGAUAGUCUCAGGGUACCCAAAGAGCACAAAAAGAUACUUCUCCAGGUGUUUUCGCAUAAACUGUAUCUACCAGACCAUAUUGAUGAUGUCGAAGUUCGACAUUUCAAAAUGCUGCUUGACAAGAUUCCUUCGUUUUUCCAUCUUGAUGCCUCGUCGAAGAAAGGUUUCGAAAAAUUCCAACUGGAUUUUGCAAAGAAAUACGAGAAACAGCUGGAAUUAUUCACAGAAACAAAUCUCCGCGCCCUCAACAAAUUUCAUAAGGAAAUUGCUUUCUUGGACGAAAUUGUUCCUUCCCGACCCGAGUCUUCAAGUCUGAAUAUAGGCAAAUCAUCAAAACGCGGUAAAAAAAGGAGAUUUGCAAGCCUCACAAGUAGGUCAUCUUCUGAAGCCGAUGACAUUUACCCUCAUGGCAAAAAUGGACCCUCAAAACGCCCUCGUCAUACUGUACAGCGAAACGAAUUCGAUUGGGAUUCUGACUCCCUAUCGCUAUCAAAUUCGCCGUUCUUGACACGUGACCACGCUUCAAAAGAUGUCGACGGCACUUCGAAAGAGGAGAUCCUCGAUGAUUUGCUAAUUGUCAAUCAAAACGUAGUACCUACCCUAGAUCUGGACUUUAACUAUACGAACCCUCGAAACAAAAAUCAGCCAGUUGCUGUAUCCAUGCUCCGCUCCGACGUAAAUCCAACAAUCAUUCCGGAGCACGAGCUAAAGAAAGUGGAUGUGACGGUGUCAUUCGCACCUGGUAUUCCAGAACCCUAG